UUUGGCAUUUCAUUUUUUGGCAUUCGAUGUUUUGGCAUUACAAUUUCCUACCUUUUUUAAAAUUUAAGAUAAAAAAAAAUUUUUUUCAGUUAAGUCUAGGAGAAUGUUCUUCAUAUCCUUCGUAUCCUCCAUUAGAAACAACUUUUCGACAACCUGUUCAAUGUUCUUCAUUUUCUCCAAUACAAGAAGAUUAUGAUAAUAAUUUUGAUGUUUACAAUAGAUUUGAUGAGGAAAAUUUUGAUGUUCUUGCUGGAGAAGAUUUAACCCCAGAACAACAACCAGAAAGUAGCAACGGUAAUGUUUAUCCUUUUAGUUUUUUCUGAGAAAUUUUUUUAAUCUUUAAAUAUUUUUUUUCCUGUUAAAAUUUCCUUCCCGUUCUCAUGUGUUUUUUCUUGUGAUCUUUUUUUGUUUAUUAUUUAUUGUGCCAUUUUGUCAUAUUUUGAAUAUAAAUUUUUAAAUUUAUUUUUAAAUUGAUUAUAAAAUGUUAAAUUUUUCAUAAUUAUUACUUUUUAAUUAUUUUUAAGAUCGUUCAAAAAUAAAUUUUGUUGGGGAGAAGCGGGGCGCGAAUAAUUGGGAGGAAUUCUUUCCUUUUUUUGUCCUUUUGUCUGUUGAGGUUUCUUUAUUUUUUUUAAGACUUGGGACCAAAUGUCCUUCUUUGAGGGGGGUCUACUUGGGCUUUUAGAACUACCAAAGGUUGGAAUUAGUGAUAAAACAAUUGAAAUAUUCCCUC